UGAGACUUGAUACUAUUUUUAUAACAGACCUAAAUUGCCAGGCGUACGAAAAAUUAACUCUAAAUCUUUCGAUUUUAUUUAUCUUCCUUUUUUUUAUAUAAAAGCCUCUUCCCCUAAACUUGCACAAUUAACUCUCUUGACAUAUAAUUUCGUUAUAUAAAAAUCGUUCGCUCUAGACGCGCCGCGCUAAAUUAUUUUAGUCUGAAUAGUUCGUACUUAAUACAUUUUUAGGGAAAACAAUAGAAAUUCUCGAUCUCGCAUUAUGCAGUCACGUCGUCCACAGGCGCUGACGCUGCCCAUGGAUCAGAGCAUCGUAUUAGCGGGGGAUAUUGAGAGCAGCAACGUUGGUGGUGGUGGUGGUGCUGGCAGCUGCAGCAACAACACCAAUGGUGAUGCCACCGAUUCCGCCAAGCCCCCGGAUCUGGCAACCAGAGACUUUCUGAUUGCGCUGCUGGAGUGUCCCGUUUGCUUUGGCUACAUGAUGCCACCGAUUAUGCAGUGCUCGCGUGGUCAUCUCAUUUGCUCGCAGUGCCGCAACAAGCUGAGCGUUUGUCCCGUUUGCCGUGUGCCCAUGAGCAAUAUACGCAACCUGGCCAUGGAGAAGGUCGGCUCCAAGCUGAUCUUUCCAUGCAAGCACGCUUGCUAUGGCUGCCGCAAUCGUCUGUCCUAUGCGGACAAGAAGGCGCACGAGGAGGACUGCGAGUUUCGUCCGUAUUUCUGUCCGUAUCCGGACGACAAAUGUGUUUGGCAGGGCGCUCUCAAGGAUGUUUACAAGCAUUUCGUUAGCACGCAUCAGAAUGUCAUCACAAUGGAGGGCACGGACAUCAUUUUCUUGGCCACCAAUGUAAAUCAAGUGGGCGCGCUGGAUUGGACCAUGAUACAAUCAUGCCAUGGACGGCAUUUUCUGCUGUCGCUAGAGAAGGUGCAGCUGGGUGAGGGCUGCCAGCAGUAUUUUGCCGCCUGUCGCAUGAUCGGCACCAUGCGCGAUGCCGCUGACUUUGAUUAUCUCAUCUCGCUGGAGGCCAACAAUCGAACGCUCAAGUGGAAGUCCAAGCCACGCUCCAUACGUGAGAGCUUUGUUACCUACACGAACGCUGACUUCCUGGUGCUCAACAAGUCGACGGUGGAGCUGUUCUCCGAGGACGGCAACUUGGCUUUGAAUAUCAUUAUCAAAAAGUCAAAUAAUGGCGACCAAGACUAAAAAUUCGCACCUCCCAAAGUCAGCUAAACUCUAGUCUUCAAGUCUUAGCCAGUGUAUAAUUAUAUUUGAAUAUUCUCCGUGUGCUCGCAAAUUGUAAAUAACUUGUAAAUGCCUCUUGGCCAGAUA